AAGUAGCUGAAGUGAAAGUCUCUGUGUACCUUCUUUUGAGAAGGCUACUCGUCUUGUCUUGUCGGCCUGCAAAGGAACAAACAAAAAUAUGAGCACUCUGCACCAAGGAGUAGAAACGCGACUGCAGUGGUCGGGUCGACGCGACAGGCAUCGACGACACCGCGCGGAAUCAUGUAUAUCUUGCUUCCGGCUUUUUUCUUUCUUAUGUUUCGACACAGCAGCCCGCGUGAGCAGCAAUCCCGUUAACGUUAAGAAACCGGAGCGUGCUCAAAAGCAAGAGCUUGGUCAUCUUGCUCGGACCACUUCCGGUGUUUACAUUCCUAGGGGUACCACAUCCACCAAAACACUGCUACCGCAGCGGACUGGAGACCAAGAAAAACAUAAUGAGAUGCCACCCAUGGGAAGCACCUUGAUGCCACCAGGUGGAUCUCAUUCGGAUUCGGCACAGCCCUCAACGUCAACACCAUCUUCGCCGAGUGUUGUUCGUUCAAGUAGAGGUAAUCAGCAUGAUCAUCUUCAAGGGCGAGAGCAGGAGUCUCACCUGCGGGAAGAAGUAGCGCAGGAGCCGCACCGGCAGACGAGGUGGGCCGUCAACAUCAAGGUGCCAGGGAGACUAACCACUCGUAAGUCACGGCCUCGCAGAUCCGUCGAAGAACCGAGCAAAACCAGUCGUCGACCAGAUCCACGUCCACGCGCUGGAGCAACCUACACAGUGGCUGGGAACCAUGAGGGGGGUCCGCUCUUGCGCGCAACAGUAUUGACGAGUGGAUUGCUCAGGUUGCAAUACGCAGAGCAUCACGAGCCAGAAAUGCACAACCUCGCAACGACCGCAGUCAUCAAUCGACGUUUAUGGUCAUUUUGUUAAAACAAGUUACAAUGCGUUGAGUAAGUCAAAGUCAAAAAAGUUGAUACUUUGUUCUUGAAGUUGAUGAACGUCGACCGUGAAGAAGUGUCAUUUGUGAUUUGUUCUUGCUGCUGCUGCUGCUUUCUGGUCGUUUCCCAUCCCCGAUUAGGGCCAUCAUAAAGCGACCUGAAUUGAAAGUGCCUUGGCCUUAUCAUACCGUAAUGAAUCCUCAUACUGAUCAUGAUGUGCCCCAACAUUCAUACGGUUUUCCACUGGUUGCUGACGUCCGUGUCGAAAGAGGGGGAGACAUCUUCACCCUUGAGACGAAGCGAUUUCGAUUUCGCUACGACACGCGUAAGCCUCGAUGGCCUGAGGGUUUUAUCAGUCUCCAACUACUUCCCGACCAUGUAGAUGCAGUUGAUGACGACCAUAAGAUGCCGGAUUGGACCGAAGAUGUACGUCGGGAGCUCAAUAGCGGGUCCUCACCUGAAUCGCGAGGCUCGCCCGACGGAAAUUCGAGCGAGGCAAGGCGCCGCAACAAAGGGGACAUUCAGGAACAUCAAGAGGAAUAUGGGCGUUGGUCUCCGACUGCACCUUAUGCAGGAAAUCUGUUCGGUACUAUCCGAACCUUAGACGGACAGGAAGCGCCCGAUCUUGACUGCCAGAAAAAUCCAGAUUUCGCGAAAGAUGAUGACUACCACUGUCGGUACGGCGUGCUCUCCAGGACUGGAAUCGCACUACUCGACGAUACAGGCAUGCCCGUCUACCCCGGCGCCUCCACCGAUGACGUAGGUCCACAAGGUGCACGUGCUGUUCGCGGCCUUCAACAAGAAGAUGGAGAUACAACUGCGGGUGCUCUGCGCCAGUCUCCUACCCAGCCUGGUGCUCCCAGUAAAUCAUCAACCGCGUUGCAGCCGCGUGCAAAUCCCGGCACGAGCGAUUCAACGGCCGAUCUCUAUUUUUUCUGCUACGGCCGUGACUUUCGUGCUGCACUCGGUGCCUUUCGGGACCUCUCAGGUCCAGCUCCGAUUCCACCGCGGUGGGCUCUUGGAAUUUGGUUCACGCGAUGGCUUGGCUUCGACGAUGCUACAACGCGGGACUAUGUAAACCGAUUCGAAAGCAGCGGCGUACCCUUAGUUAAGCCUACUGAGAGUUCUUUUUGAAGAUCACUUUAAUUGACGCGUUCGUAUCAGGAAAAAUCACUUGAAAAAUGAUAUCUUCUUCAUGUUGGUAGAGCUAGCGGUAGUAAGUGCGUACUACUUAGUAGUCCCUCCAGAUUCAGGGUCAGGAAGACCACUUCCAGCACUACAGUGUACCACAAUUGACACAAGGCAAAGGCACUCACUCAAGUUUUUCUUGAGCACAAUAUUGAUUGUAUUUUUAAAAGACGCACCAGAACGAGAAGUACCAAUCCUAGAAGUACGAGGACCAAGUGCACUUUCUAACUUGGACGUUUGGAUCUUCGAUAUGAAUUGGCACCGCUUUGGCGAUUGGGGAGGUUUUUCUUGGAACCGAAAUCUACUUCCAGAGCCAGAGAAGCUCACCUUUGACUACUUUCUACGAUUGAAUCAUAAUAAGAAAACAAAUUUAUUUCGUCCUGAAAAAGAAAAAGUAGACAAAGACUACUACUAUAAACUACUGUACUACUGAUAAUUUUUUGUUUGAUUGUUUCGAUCCUAGUAAGAGAUUUUGUCUCUUCCCUUUUUUUGGUUUUGUAACAGGAAAAAAUAAUCUGUGCAGCUUUUCACCAGGACCCUGAAGCUGAACCUGGAGAAAGCUCAAUAAGAAUAAGUAGAUAUUUUUGUUCCUUUGCCGAAUGGUUUUGUUCCACCUCCCUGUGUCAUACUUCAAUUUCUCGUGGGGAAAAAAGCCUUCGGACCGGAUUGAACGUACACGAUGCCGACGGCGUAAAGAAAUCCGAGGAGCACUUCCAUGAUCUCGUCGAAGCUUUGGGUCUUGACCCUGGAAAGAGCCACGAAUCACUUUCAUUUCGCCCAGACAAUGCUACUUAUUUAAGACAUCAACAAGGAUAGUUUUUGUUUUUCUAGAAGUACUACUAGUGCAGCGUGCUCAUGGUCGUAUCUCAUCAUAACAUAAGUAAUAUCAGAUAAGGCUAUUGUUGUUUUUGGUUGAUGUUGUAAUAUGCUCAUGACGAAGAUGAGGUUUCAAACUUGUUCUCUAAAGAAGGCAAUUUGCCAAGGGUAUACUAUAAUAUGAUAAAUAAGCAACAACUCCUACGGAACCCCUCCUGCCUUUAUUGUGCAGCUUCGAUGAAAUGAGGAAAAUAUGCGAAAGUGAGGCUAGCUCUCAAUCCCAGGAACAUCAACAAGGAAAACGAGAAGUAGCGAGAUCUUGCUGACUACUACAUUCUUUAUGUUGUAUCCACCACCACCCUGCAUAGAUAAAAUUGAAGAGUAGGAAGUAGUCCUCUUCCAAAAAAACUUUAAGAAACCUGACUGCCGUCGAACAGGCCGUGUUUCGGCCGCUGCGUGUGGAUGUGCCUUGGAUCGACUACCAGCAAGGAGAGUCGUCGUUCAACGUCUCUGCAACUGUACCGAACUUGAAUCCGACAGUGAUGCUCAACGCAGUUCGAUCGCAACGGAUUGCAAUACCGACACCGGGAGAGCGAGGUGUCAUCCUUAGCCGUUUUCCAGGCAUUGGGGGCCAUCGGUAUCCUGUGGGAUUUGCUGGCGACCAGGCGCACACUUGGACUGGAUUACAGUAUUCACUUAUAUCGAACUUUCUUCUCAUGCUUUAUUAGACUUUAAGAAGAAGAUGCUCUGCUUCUACUUCAUCUAUCAAUUUAACUACCUCCCGCUCCCUUUUCCUUCGCUUCAUAUGUAUCCAUUGAGACCCUGCCUCAUAACCGAAAAUUCCGUGCGUAACAACAAGUACAUAUGAAAAGAAUUGUUCAUUUGCGCGUCUGCUAAGUAGGCAAAAGCACAGCACUACUUACAGGCACGAUGUUUUUUUAAUGAUAGGUUCCCGCUUCUUACCAGAAUCAAUAAAGAACAGUGACACCGCACCCUCCUCCAGGUAUCUACCGUUUUUCACAUCAACCGCGUCCAAUGUGGGUUUUGGUUACUGGUCCCACGACAUCUACGGUGGAAUGCGUACUGCCGAAUACUCGCAUGACUGGGAGUUGAACACGAGAUGGAUUCAGUACGGCGUCUACUCUCCGAUUUUCCGCAUGCACGAUAAAGGCGAAAGCGUUGGUCCCUGUGCGGACACGGACAGUUGCAGUCACGUUUCUAUCUGGGAUCAUCCGAGACCGUACUUUGAUGCUGAGGUAGCAGCCAUGCGUGAGCGCUCGAGUUUGCUGCCCUACCUUUACUUAUGCUCAAAUGAAGACUAAGGUCGAUCUGCUUAACCAUUUACGUCUGCCUGGGUGAAGCAUGAUAUCCACUUUGAAACUUGUUGAUGUAAAUUUUCACAGAUGUUCAUUUUUCACCUCAGGCUCAGCGUGCGCUUGGUAAGAAAAAUGCUGAGGUGUCGGCUUGCUGCAUGGGAACAAGCAGCACGUUUGUUGUAGUGAUGAAAAUGAAACACAAUUGAAUUUGGACCUCAAUGUGAAUUUUUUAUUGAGUGUUGUUUACAUGGAGUUACUGCCCACGCCGGCAUAUUUGUUGGUUACUGUUAGUUUAAUUAAGUAGAAGUGGUAUGCUUUCCAGGUUUUGGCCCGGGUUCUCGGCCCUUUUCUCCCUCCCUCUCCACUGUGCACAUACCAAUAAUUAACUUAAUGCAAUGUCUCCAUAUCCUCCUCGCUUGCUUUCUUGUCCUCAAGAUUGAUCAUCCUUCAAUUCGUCUUUUCUACUACUUGUCUUAUUAAUAAUCAAUGUGGUUCGUCGAGUGUUGUUCUACGCAGACGCACGGCCACGGCGUCCUCUCACUCGCGAUAAUGUCCAACACAAUAUCCUCUAAUGCCGACAGCAGCUCAUCAGACGACCGACACGGGCGUUCCUAUUGUGCGUCCAUUGUACUACGACUAUCCAGAACAGGUCUUGGCCAAUGGAGGCAAGAACAUGGAGAGCUAUGCGCGUCGUGGCUUCUUCUUCGGCGAUCAUCUUCUGGUAUACCCUGUUGUGGACAAGUCGAAUCCGAAUAGCACGAUGGCCCCCGUAAAUAGCUGGCUGCCACCGGGAACCGAAUGGUUUGACAUCUACGCCGGCGCACUCAUCAAUAAUGAAAAAGAUGAAGAGCUGUACGACAAAAAAGCAGAAGUGCUUGAAGUUGCUACUAGUACUAGUACGAAUGCAACAAAAAAUAAGGCCAAACAAGACUUUGAAGAGCACAAGCCUGCUACUUUUCGUACUGCAACAUCAACUACAACUUCUAGUAGGAGAAGGACAGUUGGAGAUGAAGAACGACAAGGACGUGAAGUGCAUGGACAAUAUACAUUAGAGGAGUUUCCAGUUUACCAGGACGCCAAAAUAGCUGUUCCCCUUCUCCAGCCGCGGGAUCGCAACAACAUGCUGGGUGCUGCCGGGGCGGCGGUCAUGUCCGGAAUUACCUGGCGUCUAGUCGCUCCCCUAGCGAGAGCGGGAUUCUUUGUCGACGAUGACGGAGUUUCAAUUUCCGAGCUUCAGCAAGAACAAGAUGAAACCCAACUUGACAACAAGAAUUUUUAUACGGGAGGUAGCAGUCACCCUGAAGUACAAGACAAGACUGGUGGAAAGAGUCGCAUUACUAUCACGCUCGACUGGGCAGGUUUAGACACAGCGAAAUGGUCCUUGAAGGUAGCAAUUCAGGAUUCUUCAUUCAGUUCUCGCAGUCACAAACUUCAACUUCUCAAUUUCAUCGGCAGAGUGAGUGGGCAACCCGCGUCUUCCGUUAAGAACAUUACCAGCUACUUCUGCAGAGAAACGAGCAGCACGUUCAUCGAACUUUCGCUACCCCCGGGAGUAGGAGACUCAGUCGAGAUAGAUCUCCAUUCACCCAUCUGGAGAAACGAGAAGACAAAAAUUGACGCAUCAUCCAUAGUGGAAGCCGGUGUUGUACAACAAGAUGUAGUUGAAGAUGGUACCUCUACAUCUCCUCAUGCGGGUAAGUCACCAAGGUUCGUGUCAGAACAUGUGGUGGAAUUGAGGUUGGAGCCGCUUGCUCCUUCGACACUUCUCCGGGGCUUCCGUGGCGCACUGCACAAAGCGCGCAAAGCGAAGAAACUGCUAGAUGCGGCAAAUGUUCCCUAUGGCGUCAACGACCGCGGUCGCCUUACUGACGCAUGCAACGCUGGUGUACGUCUCCAUUAUCUCCUCUCCGACGACGCAAGUGAUGUUUCCCACACUACAAAUCCAAUUUUUAGAAGACCAGUUGUUUUUAAACGAUCCGCCGAAAGCGACGUCCUCACUGACUUCUGGACCGCGCUGCGCGAAGGCCGUGCACAAGUCGCGAAACUGGAGAUCGCUGAGCCGCGACGUUCACAAGUGCUAGCACUCCUUGAUGCAGCGUCGGCGAGCGCUUCUGCGUCUAGUCGCGGACAACAAGAGGAAAUGGUGGAGAGACGAGGAGGCCACGACACCCAAUCCCAAAUUACUAGCCACGACCUCGACCCUAUUUAUAUCUGAUUGAAGCUAGCAGUUGUAGCAGAACCAGAAGCCAUCAUGGUCGAGUGAAGAUCAUGCUUGUUGUAAUGAUGAUGUUCAUUAAGAACAAAGAUCUUAGCGACCAAUAUCUUAUCCAGGUUUUGAUGAAUCAAUCACGAAGCCAAAUAUGUAAGUAGUAAGUUGUUGAAGAUGUAAAAAGAAAACAGAUCCUAUUCCUACUCCUAAGUAACUCUACAACUCAGUGCAGCUAGUGCUUAGAAACAGUACUGAUCGUAGCUAUCACGGUAAUUACAGAUGGUCUAUAAAAAUUCAGACUAGUACUACUUAUAUAUAACUAGUAUAGCAACCUGCUCUGAAAAAGGUCUUCUUGUAGUAAUAAAGGCACGCUUUUCAUCUUCUAUGAUUGUUUAAUCAAAUUGAAGAUUAUGAUUUUCCUGUGACGCCUGGUCCUGGUGCGUAAGAAAGCUUCUGCGCCAGGUCUUGAUUGCGAACGACAGUAGGUUUUUGCGGCAAUCGACUUCGACUUAUUUUCAAAAGAUAAACAACUACAACAAGAUAAAGACGAUUAUUAAUCUGAUCAUCAACUUCAACGAUAUAGUAGUUUGUACGCUUCAACAAAAGUCGUGUGUGAGUGUCGUGUGCGAUCUUGGAAUUACUUUUCCUGACACUGGCCACUUGUUCUGAGAGGUUGUGAUGAUAACGAGCAUGAACAUGAAGAGAGAAUUUUGCAGUCACAUAACUGGCUCUCUCUACCGAUAAUUUCUCAAAGGGCACUAAAAUGAAAAACGUUUUAUUCUUCGUUAAGUUGUUGCUUCUCCUUCUACCCUGAAUCUGAAUCUUCUAAAAGAUCAUGUUUCUUGUCUGUUUUUG